AUGGCCGAUAUGAUUGCCGUAUCAGUCGGCGUCGGCUGCGAAAUGUCACUCCGGGUCGAGUCGAAACGCGUCACGUGGCGCAUACUUACUGGACACGGCUUCGAGUCGUUGAAAAACCUGUCUUGCCGCACUUGCUAUUGCAAUCCCUCAGGACUCACAGGUAUCAUGGCAGUCGUACGUAGCAACUCAAUCGACGCAAAUAGCGAAGGGCACACAAUGGGAGGUGGUGCGUAUGUUGACGGCGGCAAUGGUUGUGGCUACGACAUGGAUUUGACAGGAUUUAAUAUAGAUUUCCCGAUCGCAGGGGUGUCUACUCCUGAAUCGUUGCCCCUCUACUCGAAGCCUCGACCGACAUACACUCUUCCAGAACACCCUAUGGGCAGCAAGAGAGAACUGAAGGUGAUAUUUGUUGGCAUGGGCGCAAGUGGAAUAAACUUCGCAUACCAACUUCAGCAGCAAACGGAACUGGUUGAGCUCCAGAUCUAUGAAAAAAAUGAUCAGUUAGGGGGCACUUGGUACGAGAACCGUUACCCGGGAUGCGCCUGCGACAUUCCCAGUGUCGGGUACCAAUUCAGUUGGGCAACCCAAUCUACUUGGUCACACUAUUAUGCUGGUGCUAAAGAAAUUCUGGCGUACUUCCGCAAAGUCGCAAACGAACAUAAAUUGCUGAAAUAUGCGAAGUUCAAUCACGAAGUCGUGGGCGCGGAAUGGGAAGAGACAGAAGGACUCUGGAAGGUUUCCAUUCGACGCCAUGGCAACCCUGCAGACGUUUUUGUUGAUUACGCCCAUUUCUUCAUCCAUGGAGGUGGUUUGCUGAAUGACUGGAAAUGGCCAUCUAUUCCAGGGCUCACCAGCUUCAAGGGAACGCUGUUGCAUUCUGCAGACUGGAAUGAAGCCGCUGAUCUACAGAGGAAGCGCGUUUGUGUCAUAGGUACCGGCAGUUCUGGGGUACAGAUUAUUCCUUCGAUUGUUGAUGAUGUGGAUCAUCUCUACGUUGCCUCGCGCUCACCUUUAUGGAUCACUUCUGGUUUCGCGUCGCGCUUUGCCAGCAGUGACGGAACGAACUUUGCUUAUCCGCCAGAAAUGCAAAAACAAUUCGAACAAGAUCCGGACUACUACUUGCACUAUCGGAAAGCUAUAGAAAUCGAAUUGAAUAAAGGCUUCAAGUCAAAUCUGACUGGGACUCCGGAAGCGCUCAAGGCAAAGGAGUUUUCGAAAACACACAUGGCCAAGGCUUUAGCUAAGAAGCCGGAGUUGAUAGAGAAGAUGAUUCCACAAACCUUUGAUUUUGGAUGCAGACGUCCCACUCCCGGGAAUGGAUUUCUGGAAGCCUUAGUGAUGGACAAAACCACAGUUCUCAGUGAACAGAUAGCAGCAAUCGUCCCGAACGGUAUUCGUCUGCAGAGUGGUGAGACCAUUGAAGUGGGUGUUAUCGUCUGUGCAACAGGGUUCGACACUUCCUACAGGCCUAGAUACCCAAUUUACGCGCGUGGUAGGAAUUUACAAAACGAGUUUGAGCUGGAGCCAAGCACAUAUCUCAGUCUUGCGGCACCCGAAGUACCGAAUUAUUUCAUUGUGCAAGGCGCUUACUCACCUAUAACUCAAGGCUCUGUCCUGCCGGCAAUCGAAGUCUACACAAACUACUUUCUGCAAGUCAUCAAGAAAGUACAAGCGGAAAACAUAAAGUCGAUGCAACCGUCUCGAAGGGCUUGUGAGGAAUUUAUUGCACACGCUGACGAAUUCAUCAAGCAUACAGCUUGGGUUGGUAAAUGUGCAUCGUGGUUUAAAGCUGGACAGAGCAACAAGCCCAUGGUCUGGCCCGGUUCUCGGGUUCACUCUCUCUCGACCCUUGAGCGACCAAGGUUCGAAGACUACGAGAUCGAAUACCUAGGACCCAACAGAUUCAGCUAUCUGGGUAAUGGAUUUCAUGUCAGGGAGUAUGACGGGCGCGAUACCACAUGGUAUUAUGGACUGCUAGGUGGGAAGGACAUCCAGCCUGAAGACUUCGAUCUUGGUCCAUUUGAUAGGUUACACCGCUCAUGA